AUGGGAAUACUCCUGGCCGAUUUCACAGCCGUCCAGCCACAAACGACCAAUGCUUCCGGUGCCCAUAUCACGGUCACAAUCGAGUCACGCAGCACCAAAGCUCCAACCCUCCGAAUGGCCCUCUGCAGAAGCAACAUCAGCCUCGUCGAAAUCGACGCAUCAUUCACGCAGCAGGACAACAACCCGCCAUCGUCCCACACCCUCUGGACGCCAUCCCGCGUCGACCACAGCUCCACCACAUACAUCAAGCCCUACAAAACCACCUCGUUCUUCGACAGCCUCGCGCCCUGGGGCGGCUGGGGCGGCCGCUUCUUCGACAAGUCUAUCGGCGGCACACUCAACAGCACCACGCUCUGGCCCACGUCCGGCGGCAGCAUCAACACCUUCCAGCUGCUCGCCGCCUUCUCCUCGCACUCGGGCAACCUGUCCGCCCUCCUCGACCCCGCGCAGCUCGCCCGUACCAGCGAAGACGUGUACACGGCCUACGCGACGCAGAUGCUAGCGCAGCUCCGCCCCGCCGCCCGCGCCCUGACCAACGUCUCUGCGCCAUCGGUCCAGCACGUUGCAGGUGUCCUGCUGGCUGAUCAUGCGCGCGUGGCGCAGGACCGCCGCACGACCGCCGUGCUCGAGGCGCUGCUGGCGCUCGUGCUGGCUAGCGUCCUGCUGUCGUUUUGGCGCUUCGGCGGUAGUGAUGAUGUUGUCCUGCCGAAGGAACCGGACUCUAUCGCCGCCCGCUUCGCGCUGUUGGCUGGUAGUAGGUUGGUGCGGCGGCUGCGCGCUGAGGGCGUCGAGCGCGUGAGUGACUCUGAUGUGUGGGAAGAGGUCGCGCGGUUGGGGUGGUGGAGGAUCGAGCCUGACGACAAUUCAUCCAGGACGGGGAUGGGGUCGGGAAGGAUGUGGAGGUGGGGCAUCGAUGUUGGGGAGGAUGUUCGUCUUGCUGGCUGGAAUGAACCGCCAGAGGAUGGGGGUGAGGGGCCGGCGGAGGACCAGCACGGUCAGGGGUUAACGGAAGGAGACGCGUGCCCGGGACGUAUGGACGGUCUGCCUGCGUCGCAGUCGUUACUCCAGUCGGAAGAGGACUUAUCGGCUGAAGGUCAACCUGAUGGGAUGACGCGGUCGGAAUGUGAUACACUUAUAAGGCGAGGAACGUAG